UUUUGGGAAGGUUGAUCACUCAGAGAACUUACUGUAUCUCUGAGUAUCUGUAGGCUCUCCUGUGUAACCUCCUUUCCUUCCUAACUAGGGCCAUUCACCUACAGGCUCGAAUGCGCUACUUCUAGAGCUUCCUCUGAUGUUGGUCCUGAACUGGGAGUGUCUGACCAAACUUGAAUAAGGGCUGCCAAAGGGCGUUGGAAACUUUGGAAACUGGCAACAGUGACAGCAUUUUUGCUCUGCUUAGAAUACACCCAGAAACAUCAAAAAUAAGUCGGGAGCGGGGAUGGAAAGUAAAACAUUAAAGUGCUAUGGAAAAGCGUCAAUAAUAUAAAUUGACUUUAGUUUUCUUUAUAGAAAUAAGUUUACGGCGAAAGUUUCUAAGAAAUCGAGGUACAGUUCAUUUUUUUGGUUGACGCUUACCCGCCUUGCUCUCACUAGGUCUCCUGUCUUCCAAGCCGAGAACUCUCCCAAAAUGCUUUCGGGUCGAGGGGGCGGGCUUCCUCAGAGCAAAGAGAGCAGAGAAGGCCCUGCCAGCUGGGACUUCCUGUAUUCCGCCACCACAACCCGCCACCCAAAACCCCACUUCCCACGUCCUUGAUUUUAGAGACUUUCUGGGAGGGCAUGACUUCAGGGAACAUCACUCCUGGCCAGCUCACGGAAGCAUAGUCGUAAAUCUUCGGUCGUAUUCCUGACUCAGAAUGGGUGCGGAGCCGGCGGGGACGGAAACCGAGAUGCAAAUGCCGACGCAACCAGCGCAACCGCGGACGGCGCGCGGCGAGAACCCGCUUCUAGCCCCGAGCCUGGGGUGCCGGUGGGCUCAGGAGGCGGGAACGACACUGACAAAGGCCGAAUCGUUCGUGGGAGAUUUUCUACCAAGAACUGUUACCCUUUCCCCGUGCAAUCGGUUCCCACUCAAAACGUUGCGGAAAGGACUUGCCCUCUGCUGUCCCUUUCGAUUGGCCCGGGACUGGACUAAGCCCGGAGCAGCAACGGAGUGGAGCUCCGGCGCCCCAGCCUCUGCGCACCCUCUCCCAGCUCGGCGGCCCUCGGCCCUCGGCCCUCGUCACCAAUUCCUAGGUAGAAAAGCGCGCGGCCAGAGGGCACUCCUCUCGGUGUCCGGAAACAAGUGUUUUCCGCUCAGCCAUGGCGGCUUCCCCAGUGGAACGGAGCGAAAGGGCGCUUGGGCGACCCCGCGACUUCCACCAGACCACUGGCCCGGAGCACCGGCGGGAAGGCGGCCAAACGCGGGCCUAGGGCUCCUCCCGCGCUUCCGGGCGCGCGGGGAACUGCAGCUGGCGCACCACUGCCAGCCAUGCGCUUUGCCCCAGAGCGCUUGUAGAAGGAGGAGGUCGGCACACCUGCUGUUCCUGGUUACCCCCGCUCCCAUUUCCUUCCUAGAAGGCAGAUUCUCUCCAUCUCAACCCGUUCCGAGGCUCCUACUUGCUCUUUUCCCCCCUCCCCCGCCACAGCCCCACCCCUUCCCGAGUAACAGGCGACCUUAGGGUCACAGCAGGGUGGGUACUAACUAGCAAGCAGUUAGCAUGGACUGUGACAAUCCAGGGCUCAUAGGAUCACGUUUCCAAAAGCUCCAAGGAAAGGAACUUCCCUUGACUAUGCCCAGAAGGAUCAACUUACUCUGUGUUUGUGAUCAGAGAAGCUGCCUUAUGUAACCUAAGCAUGUCCUUGCCUUUGUUUUUGAUUUUCUUUUAUUUUUUUCAUACCUUGAGAAGUCAAAGAAACAAGAUUUGUAGUACUGCGUAGUUUAACAAUUGUUUCUCUUCUACAAGAUAAUAUAUUUUAUUUAUUUUCUAAAAUAGUGAAAAUGUUGGUGUAAUACAUAUAAUAAAAUACAUAUUAAUUGAUGGAUUAAAUUUACAAGACAGUACGUAGUAUUGAAUUUCUACUUAUAAUCUUCUUUUGUUAUAAAAAUAAGAAAACUUUUCUAAGAGAGAGAGAUGUAUACAUAUACACUCACAUGUAUAAACUUAUGAAAACAGUACGUUUCAAAUUCACAGUACAUGGCAAAUUCAGUCAAUAUUUCUAAUGUAAGUUUUAAAAUAAAAGAAAAAUAAUGUCCUUUCUCUCUCUUAAAAACUGUGUUGGAAAUCAACUACAGCAAUUGAUUACAAACCAUACUCAACAUAUUUAUUCACAAAUAAACUCAGAAAAAAAAUGUAUUGGUAGCUAAAUAAUUUAUAUUUCCUAUAAAUCUCAUCGCUUACAACAACUUUUAAAAGGUGCCUUGACAAGCCAAAUAUGUUCUUGAAUAUUUGAACAGAUUGUCUUAAAAUGUAGAUUUUUUUCCUGCCAUCAUUGGUGAUUAUCAUGGAAAACAGAUGCAAAUAGCAUCUGCUUCCGUGGCAGAUGCCAGGGUGGUGCUGGCAUUCUUAAAAUGUCCACAGAGUCUGUCUGGACAGUGAUUAGCAUUUUUUGGGCCCAUCCAUGCUGUGUCAAGCUCUGCAGCAGUAGUAGGGAUAAUUGACUUUUAUGAUUAUUAAUUACAGUGACAGUACUAAAAUAUAACAAUGAUCUUAUUGUCCCUUCAAAUUAUAUUUAAACAUUUCCCAAUUACCUUUACACUAACUAUAGUCAAUGAACAAGAAAAUUUAGGAGGAACAGAUAAAAAUAUGUACAUUUUUAGUGAUUUGUCCCAUUCCUCUAGCUGUAUUUGUCAGAAAUAAAAAAACAUUUAUU